CACACAUGGAAAUGAAGCUGCUGGCGCGAGGGGCGGGGUCAGCGUGCGUUGGGAGGAGAUGAAGCGAGGGGGCGUGGCCAGGGCAGCUAUAAAAGAGUGCAGUGUGCGUGUGUGUUUGUUUGACAGCGUCCACCGUGAUGCCGUGGUUGCCGUGGUUACUGGCCUCUCAGAAUGACGUCAUGUCGGAGCGUCAGUGCGAGCGGACGUCGUUCUCCUUCUACUGCGCGGUGAGGGAGGGGCUUCCCGCGUGGCUGCUGGAGGACAUGCGCGCCAUGGAAGUGUUCUGCUGGGAGGACGGGCGCCCGCGAGCGUUCCUGCCAUCGGAGGCGCUGUUGUACGCGCUGGUGCACGAUCACCAAGACUAUGCGCGUUACCUGCUCGACAGGUACUCACUGAGCGCGCUCACAGCGCCGCGCUGCAGCAUCUGCUGCGGCCACCGCAGCGGAACACCGCACCUGAACGUGGCGGUGCGUUACGACCGCGUGUCCAUCCUCGGCGCGAUGGUGGAGACGCUGAAGGACGUCGCCACGGCGACCGAGCGACAGCAGCUGCUGGAAAGCUGCGGCAGCUGCGCGCACGUUUCUGACGCGGGAAAGACGGCGGUGCGGGUGGCGCUGGAGCUGUCGCGCGCAGACUGUCUGCUACUGCUGCUGGUUCACGGGGCGCGGCCCGACGGACUCGACACCGCGCUGCAGACGCUCGUCUCCAGCGGCGCGGCGCAGCGACGCCACGCCCGCCGCUGCCUCGACCUGCUGCUGCUGUUUCUGCCCUAUCCACAGCUGCCGCGCUGCGUGCGCGAGGAGCCGCAGCGCUGGCAAAGCCUGCUGGGAAAGCGAGUGUUCAGUUGGCUAUGUGGUCUGGCUCCGCCCCCCCUCCUGCUGCAGGCGCUAAGGUGUCUAGUCCGGUCUGGCCCAGACCAGAUUAGCACACUGCCCAACUUCCUGCAGCCUCACAGCUGGCAGUGACAUCUGUCGCCAUGGGAACAACAACAACAACUCAGGACUGCUGUGAUUGGACAAUCAGUCGAUGAUGUCAGUGAAUACAACGCAGACUCCGGCCAAUCAGACGGCUUCAUACAGAGAAUCACUGAUUAUGUCAUUGUUUAGCCCUGAACACAGUCCAGUCCAGUCCGGUGGUGAACACAGUCCGGUCCAGUCCGGUGGUGCACAUAGUCCGGUCCGGUCCGGUGGUGAACACGGUCCGGUCCGGUCGGGUGGUGAACACAGUCCGGUCCAGUACGGUGGUGCACAUAGUCCGGUCCGGUCCGGUGGUGAACACGGUCCGGUCCGGUCGGGUGGUGAACACAGUCUGGUCCAGUCCGGUGGUGCACACAGUCCGAGGGAGGAACGUUCUGCCUGCUGAAGCUACAUCAAGCUAAACACACACAGAUGCUAAAGGUUAAAGGUGAAAGUCAUGUGACUGUCUGAUGAUACUGACCUCACUUUAAAGUGAAUGGAACUGUGGGCGGGUCAGAAUACAAGGCCACCUCCCACCAUCUGAUGUCAUGAUUGUAUUUAUUCAUGUGCAGUUUAUUGACUUUACUUCAUCAGAGUAAAGAUCCAUCGCCCUGAUCAUAUUGAUCAUCAUUGAUAGAUCAAUGAAUGUGAUCAGUUUUACAAACCAUCAUUGAACCAUCACUUUAUUGAUCUGUUUAUUUAUUGGAGCCAGUGAUGUCAGAGAUUGUGGGAGGGGCUACCACAGGAAAUGAAGCAUCAAUGUCGUCGCUGUUGCUUGUUUUUAUUUUUAAACCUGAACAAAAUGAUUGUGAUUAAUAAACGAUCAAUAAUGUUUUAAAA